AAUCUUUUCAAGAACAUACUUCUUCAUAAGCAUUUUUUUGUAAGAGCGGUGGGAAUAUUGUGGCUUUUUGUCAGUAAGUGUUGACUGGCUGAUUGACCGGAUGUGAUAGAAGGACUGAAACGAACGAAAAACCUAAACACCGCAUUUGCGCAUGCGUAACUAGUUAUAUUCAAAAACCGUCAAUAAAAUGGAUGAAGUAGCAGAAUUAAGGCACAUGCUAAUGAGUUUUCGAGUCUCAGAACUCCAAAUUUUACUGGGUUUUGGCGGACGGUCGAAAUCUGGUCGAAAACAUGAGUUAAUGGGGCGAGCGUUACAAUUGUUAAAAUGUGAAGGAAAUUAUCAAAUACGAGCUAAAAUAAAAGAACUUUACCGUCAAAGAUACCCAAGYAAACUWGCUUCGUCGCCGCCUCGUAUUGUACCUCCAACUUCGUCUCGUUUAUCGAUAACACCGCAAAGCUUGCCUCCUUUYCGGGGACACGACCUUUCGAACAGUAUACCUAUACAUCCAGACGUACGACUAACAUCACUACCAUUUUACGAAUAUAUCGAUGAUUUAGUUCGUCCAACGAGUUUAGUUCCUAGAGGMAUGUCACCAUUUCAAGAAUCUUAUAUUGUUUUUCAUCUUACACCUCGUCAAGUCAAUUUGAUCGCUACUUCAAGAGAUACACGCCCUAAUUCUAAAAAUGAAUUUACAGUCCAAGUUCAGUUAAGAUUUUGUUUAUUUGAAACAAGCUGUGAACAAGAAGACAACUUUCCCUCAUCUGUUUGUGUAAAAGUCAAUGGAAAAGUCUGCCCUUUACCUGGAUUUGUUCCACCAGGAAGUACAGAAACAAAGAGACCCAGUCGACCAAUCAAUGUUACUGCACUUUGUCGACUUUCUUCUACAGUACCAAAUCAUGUUCAUAUAACAUGGACACCAAAAAAUGGAUAUCGUCAUGUGGCUUUAAUUCGUCUUGUAAGACAAGUUACUUCUAGUUGUCUGAUACAAAGACUCAAGAAUAGAGGUUAUCGUAAUCCUGACCAUUCUCGUGCACUUAUAAAAGAAAAGCUUUCCCAUGACCCAGAAAGUGAAGUYGCUACAACAAGUCUGAGGGUUACUUUACUUUGCCCUCUUGGAAAAACAAGAAUGACAUUGCCAUGCAGGGCAUUGACUUGUAGUCACUUGCAGUGUUUUGAUGCAGCUCUGUACUUACAAAUGAAUGAAAGAAAAACAACUUGGAUUUGRCCUGUUUGUGAUAAGAAAGCCUUCUUCAAGGACUUGUUCUUGGAUGGUUUAUUGAGAGAAAUACUUGACAGUGCAGACUGCAAAGAAAUAGCAUUCUAUGAAGAUGGUUCUUGGAGGCCUAUUGAUGCUGAAGGACAUGACAAUGAAAGUAAAGCAGCAGUCAAAGCUAUCAUUGCAGCAAGCACGUCAAUUCAACAACCAAAAUCAGUUAUCAGAAAUGUGUCUACAGACCCACCAGAGUCAACGAAAAAAGAAACAGACGUAAUUGACCUUACACUAGAAAGCAGUGAUGAUGAAGUUGAUGAUGAAGAUGACAAUGAUGAUGAUGAUGAUGAUGAUGAUGAUCAAACCUUGGAUUCAAGUGAUUCUUGCUAUAGGUACAAUGAUCCUAUUAGUAGUAGUAAAGUCAGUAGCAGCAGUGGUGGUUACUUUAGGAAAGUCUCAUCUAGUUCUGUUAUUAUGCCUCCUGGAUCACCUAGUAGACAUCUUAGCUCUCAUGGUUCUGCUGGUUCUCCCAGUUCAUCUCUAUUUAAUCAUCCUAGUUAUUACUCACUUCCUCCUCAGCUGGACUUAGUACCAGAUAUUUACAGAUCUCUAUUUGGACCAGAGGAUUAUGGCCCAGCAAGUAUAUUUCCAGUUAUAAGUGAUCUAGACCAACUUGGCUCAUCGAAUGUUAUUCAUUUAGACUGACUAUUUUGACUGGAAUUUCGGAUKAAGACUAUACCUUGUCCAUGAAGYGCAAAACAUGAACGUCUGGUGAAUGCAAUCAACAAGCACUAAACUACUUAUACUAGUUAUAAUUCCAUUUUUAACGAACUAUAAGGCAAAGGGCAAACAAUUUCUAAUAUUAACUAAAGUAUUCAAAGUUAUAAUAUUUAUUUAGUGCAGUCAAAGCACAACAGUGGCUUUGGAAAUGAUAAUGUUAAUACCAUCUGGUGACUGAUUUGCCAUGCCUAAUAUUAUAGUCAUGACGACAUUUCUUUGCAAAUUCUUAUUCUCAUGAAUGAGACAUUAUCAAUCUUGAGGAAUCAUCUAACUACUAUAGUGAAUUAUAGGGUGCAAACUAUACUCCUAAAAUAUUUUCYACUAGACAAUAGAAAGGAAGCUAAGUUGUAGAACUUGUUAGCUAUCUAUUUCAUAUGUAUAUAUGCACUCUAUUGAGUUACAAUGUAGAUCUACAAUCAUUGAUUGUAAUAAAAUAAUUUCUGACUCUGUGAAGACCCAAACUUUAAGGAUUUUCUACUCUUUUUUGUAGCUUUUUGAGUUUUAGUUUUACUUUCAGCAGUGUAAAUCUGGAAUAACUUAUGUGGCCUGGUGUGACUUGGGCUAAACUAUUUUAUGACUUGACUUCUUUUUCAACUUUUAAAUGGAGAAAUGAUAAUAUAGUAUUUUAAGUGACAAGAAUUAUAUUAAUAUAAUAUAGCUCACAAGAUGUAAAUAUAUAAUUUGUAUGUUUUUGUGUAAAACAUGUUUCUUAUAUCUAGAUGUUUGAAUCAGAAUUGAAAUAAAUUAUUGUGAACUGGU